AUGCCUCUCCGCGUGCUCCCCGCGACCGCCGACGAUGCCCACCGCGCCGUGGCCAUCGAAAGCGCCGCAUACGGCCCCAACGCCAACAGUCAAGCCUUGUUCCCCGGCCCGUUCCCCCCCGGCGGCGACCAGUCCCGCGUAACCACGCUGGUCCACCAGCUCCACGAAGACCCGGCCUGCCGAUGGGCAAAAGUAGUCGACACGGAUCUCGAGGCCCACGGCCAGGACGCCAUGGUCGCCUUUUCCAUGUGGUACGUCUGGCAGACGCCGAGAGAGACGCUACCCCCCGCGCGGCAAUAUGGGCCGGGCUCCAACCCCGAGGCUUGCGAGCUCUUCUUCGGCGGCAUGCGGCGAGAAUGGAUCGCCCGGAUGGCCCACAAGCCCCAUGCGUACCUGAAGCUCUUGCACACGGAUCCCGCACACCAGAGGCGCGGAGCCGCCUCCCUGCUGCUCAAAUGGGGAACAGACCAGGCGGACGCUCUUGGCCUGCCCGCAUACCUGGAGUCGUCGGAGGAGGGCCGCGUCUUGUACCAACGGCACGGCUGGCGCCAGGUCGGGAAACUCGUCGUCGAUCUAAGUCCAUGGGGCGGCCCGGCGGACGCGUCGUCUUUUCUUAUGCUGCGGGAGCCGCGUGGGCCUGCUGCCGGGACACGAGACAAUUAA